AUGAAAGUGAGAAGCUCCAAGAUAAUGCAACAGGUGAAUGCAGAUCCGCCAGUUGUGGUGACUGCCUGUGUAGUGGUGACUACCCAGCUAGAGUCAGGUCUGACAGUCGUGGGGGUUGUAGAGGCCAAAUCAACUUCGCUUUCUGCAGUAGCAUCACUCCUCAGAAUUGGCGGUCCAACUGUAGCGACUAAGGGAUUUGAAGGUGAUGCGACGACUGCAGGAGUUGGGGUAGCUGAUUUGGAGGCAGGUGAAAGUUCUUCCAGCGUAAUUGUUGCUGAAGAUGGCAACGGUGUGGUCAGCAUUGGCGCCAGGACAGAUGACUCAUUUGUAAUGCUUGUGAGAGCUGUAGGACAACCACUCGAGGCAGCGAUUUCAGGAGCCUGUGUGGCUUUACUUGUCGUUGUUUGUAGAGAUUCUACGACCUGA